GCGCAGAGACCCGAUAUUACCAGGCUCAGGAAAGCCACACAGGAAGAGCUUUUGAGGCGCCUCCGAAUUUCCGGGGCUUUCGUGAAUCCCCCGAAUCCCGGCCGGAGCCGGCCGUGCCGGUGGUGGGGCUGCCGCACGAGGUAGUGUACACCUUCACAGCCGUCGUCUCAGGCGCCAUCCUUUUCGGAUUCCUCUACCACCUCUCGCAGGAGCUCUCGUCUCCGCGGCGCUACUGCCAGAAUCCUGUGCUCCUGCAAAAUGCAAACGGACGCAGUCCACACCUGCGCGUGGCGCUCGAGAACUUCAGCAAGGCCGAAGGCGUUGCAGACGCCACACCUUUUGCUGCGCAGGCGGCGCACCGGGCAGCGGCAGCCAACGAGGUCGGCUGGCUGGAGCAUUGCGGAACGGACAAAGCAUGCCGACCGCUGCUCUUCGCCGGGGACGAACGCGACGACACGCCGCUGCACCAUGGAGCCCGGGCGGGUCGGACCGAGGCCGUCUCCGCUCUCAUCCGGCUUGGUGCUGACCUUGCCCGGCUGAAUCGCUUUGGCCUGGCGCCGGAGCAUCUCGCAGCGCAGCUGGGCCACAAGGAUACGGCCUUCGUCCUCCGCUCGGUGCGCGCCGUGCGCGACGGGGCCGGGGACCCUGCGGCCCAAGCGGCCGCGAAGCGGGCGAUGAGGCACCCCGACGACUUGGGCCACUUUGUCCAGGAACCCCAGGCUCUGAGCCCGACGGCAGCUCAAAGCUUGCGGUGCGCCGCCAAGAUGACGGGUGAUCCGGAGCAGGCGCUCUGCUCGGUGCGGGACUGGGAACCUUCGGUGGUGCCGGUGGCGCGUGAGAGGGCCUGGGUCGAGACUUGGGCACAGGCUUCCGUGCAAGGCCAGCAAGGCCUUCUCGUCUACGAGAUGUUUUUAGGCGGCCCGGGCCACUGGAUCGCCUUGGUGUCCGAGGAGUCCGGCUUGCUGCGCCUGGACCCUCGCCGCGGCACGUUCUUCCUGACGAGCUCAGAGGCCGGCGAGCUGGCCGCGCGCUACGCCGCCUGGAGCCUCGAGCCCUCCGAAGCCCAGCCUCCGAAGGAGGCCCGCAGCAGUCUUCCGGUCUCCAUUUUCGAGUUUGCAACACCUUGCCUUGCUGUGAACAAUAUUUGGGCUGACUUUCCAAACAAUGGGUAUGAAGUGGCGGGACCUGUUGUGCUCGACCAAGGACUGGAAGGAGCGCCGGUGCUGAAAGAGGCUUCUGAAACAUCGCAGCCUUCACAGCCGGAUGCACCGACACUGGUGUCUCCGAGAAGUCUGCUCCGGAUGAUAACCGACGACUCCGCCGUGGACGUCUCCAUUAAGUCGGAGCGACUGGAGACUUUGACCAAUCCCAAGCUCGAGCAGGGCAUGAUCCGGGCGAUCACCCUCCGCAAGUCCAUACGGCAGAUGGGGCGUCUUUGGCGCAGACCUUUGCUGCCAAUGCCCGAGGAGCGCCUGAUGGACCUUUACGAGUGGUCCCAUCCGGCGGAGGAGUACGACUACUUCCUGUCACACGCCUGGGAGACGUGGGGUGGUCUGAAGUACAUCUCCCUUUUAAUGCACUCCAGCCAUCGUUUCCUUCUCGGCUGCUGGCUGUCGGCCGUGGUGCUUUGCUGGUGUUUCUGCCUGAUGGAUCUACUCCCCACCUUCGGCCAUGUGAACCCGGAAGCCCUCGAUUGGUGGGCCGAGGGCGAGGGCUGCCCGACGGGGCCUUGGAUUAUUUGCAGCGGUUUUAUCUCCGUGAUCGUGGGGCUUCUGCUGGCGCCCUACCUGCCCGACUCCUGCAGCAGGUCUGACCAGUGUUUUAUGGAUGCGGUGUGCAUCCACCAGGCUGACCCCGAAAAGAAAAGGCAGGGCAUCGAUGCUAUUGCGGGCUUCUUGAGUGUUUCUCGACAGCUCCGGAUUCUGUGGUCUCCUUCCUACCUCUCUAGGCUUUGGUGCGUCUUUGAAAUCGCCGCCUACCGGAAGGUGAACUCUCGUGGGCAGGUGGUGCUCGCACCGCUUUUCUUGGAGCGAAUGGUGCUCUUGACCCUCAUCACCUCCUAUGGUAUAGCAGGUCUGUUGUGGACCCUCGGCGUAGAGAGCUACAACGACACGAUCUAUGCGCUGUCUCUGUCACCAAUGUUGUUACUCAUCCACGUGCUCCGGCGCAACGCCACCGGCAAGACCAAGCUCUUCGAAGAGUUG